AUUAAACUACCAUACUGUAAGUCACCAUCUCGCUUAGGUUGGACCUUCUCUACUCGCUCUUCAGGAAAGAAUGGGCCUCUUGUCGCUGAUCCGCGGCCUGAAGAAGAAGGAGGGCGAGGCCCGCAUCCUGGUCCUGGGACUGGAUAACGCUGGUAAAACCACCAUCCUGAAGGCGCUCAGCGAGGAGGACAUCACCACUAUCACGCCCACGCAGGGCUUCAACAUCAAGUCUCUGUCUCGCGAUGGAUUCAACCUGAAAAUUUGGGACAUUGGCGGCCAGAAGUCCAUCCGCCCCUACUGGCGCAACUACUUUGACCAGACGGACGCGCUGAUCUAUGUCAUCGACUCGGCGGACAGCAAGCGCCUGUCGGAGAGCGAGUUUGAGCUGACGGAGCUGCUGCAGGAGGAGAAGAUGACUGGCGUGCCGCUGCUGGUGUUCGCCAACAAGCAGGACCUGGUGGGCGCGCUGGCUGCGGACGAGAUCGCCUCCACGCUGGACCUGACCUCCAUCCGUGACCGGCCCUGGCAGAUCCAGGCCUGCAGCGCCAAGCAGGGCACCGGCCUGAAGGAGGGCAUGGAGUGGAUGAUGAAGCAGGUCAAGUAAGGGGCCGCGGUCGGGCAGGAAGGGAGGGCCGGCCCGCUCUCCACGCGGCUCCUGCGGCGGCGGUGGUGGCUGUGGCGGCGUCGGCAGCGGCUGCAGCUUGUGCAGGGGGAGAGGGGAGCGGAGGGAGACGAGGAGGAGGAGGCGGUGGGUGCCGAAGGGCAGAGACGGGGCGAGGCAACGGCAGCUCAGCAGGGAGGGGCAAGAUGGGCGCCCGGGGAGCAGGAGCAGGCAUGGCGGCCGCCACCGGCCUGCCGGGCGGCUGGGCACGCCGCGGAACUGGGGGCGUGUGAGAAGGAAGCUGCUGCUUCUCGACGGCACCGCCAGCAGGCCUGGACGCGUGCGCGGCUGGAGCCGGGCAGCUCCAAAGUGCUUACACGCGGCGGCUCUGCGAGCCACGCCUGCGUAGCGGCGGGGGCCAGCAGCAGAGCGAGGGGCUGCCGCCGUGGGAGCGGGCGCGUGGGAGCGGCGGCAGCAGCGGCUGGCAGCAGCAGCGGCCGGAGGCGCGGCGUGGCGGUCGGGCCGCCAGUCGCGGGGCCCGGUGCAUCGAGUGCGUGCACACUGGUGCAAGCGGGGCAGGCGUGACUUGGGGCAUGCGGGCGAGCGGCGCGGCGCGCGUUCAACGAAUGAGCAUUGUGUGUAAGGGCGCCGGGGCGGCCGGCUGCCUUGCGGAUGCCGGAUUGAUUUACUACAGAGUACGGACUGAGGGUGCGCUGAGGGCGUGCGUUCAUGUGUGAGGCGUGGUGCAGCUACAGACAAAAGGAAAUAAUCGCUCACUAAAUGGAAACUUUGUUCGGACAUUUAACCGAUGUGUAGGGGAACCGAUGUGUAGGGCGGAGGUGUAAGGGCUAGGUCCCGGGAGACCGGGGAGCGAACCUCGACCAGGCGUUUGGCAGGAUGCGUGUAACAAAAGAAAACG